UCUGAAAGCAGACCCCUGUGUUGCCACUGGGGGCGCGGGGAGAGGAGAGUGCGUGAGCCCUGCUUAGGCCCAGGCCGCAGACCCCGCGCCGGGCUUCCCAGUGGCAGGAGCGCCGCCGCACACACCUCCAGGCAGAUAAACAAGCUUCCUCCAGGCCGGCUGGGCCGCACUGUACCCGGCCCGCUGCGGUUCCGCUGCUGCUCCUUCCCUUUCUCUCCCCAGGGAGCCCUCUCUUCUCUCCUUUCCUGUCUUCUCUAGUCCUGGGGCCUCCCCAGUGUAGAAGCCGCUCCUGGUGCCAGGUCAGGAAGCCUCUCGGGCCUCCGGAGAGCUUGGCACUCAGUUUGGGAGAAGGGGUUCUGGCCUCAUGGACGUUCUCCGCUCACUCCCCCCCCCCCACCCCUCCGGCAGCCUGAACCAUCUGGAAGGGAUCUUGGUGGGGGGUAGGAGGGGAUGGCCCCUGGGAAGGAGGAGGGGGCGAUUCCAGGCCGAACCCGGCCCCCGAGGUGUCACUUUUCUUUCCUGCGGCCCGUCACCGCUGAUAAAUGGCACUGGGGCAGAGGAAGGAAAAAGAAAACCUCCGAGGUCAGCGCGGGGCGAGGCGGGUCCCUCCGAGGGCCCUCGGCCCAGGAGCACGAAGCGCGCCCGGCUGCGCUCAGGCACCCCCGGCAUGGCCAGGGGUUCUCUCUGCGUGCUGUUGUCUCUUUGGGUUUUCGCCGGAGCCCCACGCCCACCCGCCUCUGAGUCCUGGAAGAAAGGGGCGGCUCCCUUCGCCCCCCAGCGCCCCGGAAAAUGGGGAGCAAGGCUCUGCCAGCGCCCAUCCCGCUCCACCCGUCGCUGCAGCUCACCAAUUACUCCUUCCUACAGGCCGUGAACACCUUCCCUGCCGCAGUGGACCACCUGCAGGGCCUGUACGGUCUCAGCGCCGUGCAGACCAUGCACAUGAACCACUGGACGCUGGGGUACCCCAACGUGCACGAGAUCACCCGGUCCACCAUCACCGAGAUGGCGGCGGCGCAGGGCCUCGUAGACGCGCGCUUCCCUUUCCCGGCUCUGCCCUUUACCACCCACCUCUUCCACCCCAAGCAGGGAGCCAUUGCCCACGUCAUCCCAGCCCUGCACAAGGACCGGCCGCGUUUUGACUUUGCCAACUUGGCCGUGGCCGCCACGCAAGAAGACCCCCCUAAGAUGGGAGACCUGACCAAGCUGAGCCCGGGGCUGGGUAGCCCCAUCUCGGGCCUCAGUAAAUUGACUCCGGACAGAAAGCCCUCCCGAGGGAGGUUGCCCUCCAAAACGAAAAAAGAGUUUAUCUGCAAGUUUUGCGGCAGACACUUUACCAAAUCCUACAACUUACUCAUCCACGAGAGGACCCACACGGACGAGAGGCCAUACACGUGUGACAUCUGCCACAAGGCCUUCCGGAGGCAAGAUCAUCUGCGGGAUCACAGGUAUAUCCAUUCCAAAGAGAAACCCUUCAAAUGUCAGGAGUGUGGGAAAGGAUUUUGUCAGUCUAGAACUCUCGCAGUUCACAAAACUUUACAUAUGCAGGAAUCUCCACACAAAUGUCCCACAUGUGGAAGAACCUUUAAUCAGAGAAGUAAUCUGAAAACUCACCUUCUCACCCAUACAGACAUCAAGCCCUACAGCUGCGAGCAGUGCGGCAAAGUGUUCAGGCGAAACUGUGAUCUGCGGCGGCACAGCCUGACUCACACUCCGCGGCAGGACUUCUAGAGAAGCCCAGGAUCUGUCCCGUGCCGCCGCUGCUCCCCUCCCCAGACACCUCUCCUCGCCUGCCCCCGCCCCCACCGGGGGUUCCACCCCCAAUCCUUCACUGACCCCAGCGCUUCCCCUGCUGCAGCCGCACCUGCAGCUGCAGGGAGUUAAUUCUUCCCAAGGACUGGGGACUGUAGAAAGCCACACAGUACAUCCCUUCACCAAGAGCAUAUGCUAGUUUCUUGUAGAUAUUCACAGCUCAUUUUAGAGCUCUGUACAUAGUGUCGUGGGUCUUUGUUUUGUUUUCGUAUCUUGUUGGAUGCACCUAGAUAUGGAAAAUGGAAGCCAAAUUUAUUUUUAAAGACUGUAUUUUCAAAAUAAAACUUUUUCUUGUCUGUUUCAACACUUCCACAAAAGUGUCUUGCUAUUUAACUUCUAUUUUUCAUCUGGAUCCUGGAAGAGUGGGAUGCCUCUAAAAUAUUUGAUAUGGAAGGGAAUUCUUUAUCCCUAGGGUAUCAAAAUAAGACUUCUCAGUUUUUUUGAAUUGGAUGAUUGUACUGUCUUUUUGUUUUUCUAAGAUAUUAAAAUUGAUACCCCUGA